AUGCUUUGGAACAGGUCAUAUACAUCUAUCAAGAUGUCAUCGCAACGUAUCGCAUUCAAAGUAUCUGGCACGGUCCAAGGAGUGGGAUUCCGGGACUUUACUCAGAAGAGAGCCACUGCAUAUGAUGUAAAAGGCUGGGUGAAGAACACACACUGUGGAAGGGUAGAAGGCGAAGCCCAAGGAACCGAAGAGUCUCUACAGAAGUUCCUGAAAGACAUCAACAAUGGACCCCGCCAUGCACAUGUCGUCAAGCUAGAGAAGAAGGAAAUCGCACCGAAGGAUGGCGAGGUAGAAUUCGGAUUUAUGAAGACCUCGGAGUCAGGAUAUGAGGCCACGCAGUGA